AUGCCAGGUACAAUCCCAACUAAAGAGGACUAUGUGGAUGUCCUCAUUGUCGGUGCUGGGCCCGCUGGGCUGAUGCUGGCCAACUGGCUAAGUCGCUGCGGAGUCAAGACUCGCAUCGUGGAUAAGCGUGGCUCAAAGGUUUACAAUGGCCAGGCGGACGGCCUGCAAUGUCGUACUCUCGAGAUCUUGGAUUCCUUCGGUUUCGCCCAGCGUGCUUGGAGCGAGGCAAACCAUAUGCUCGAGAUCUGCCUUUGGAAUCCCGACGAGAGUGGCAGAAUCCAGCGAUCCGACCGGAUUCCCGACACCAUUCCUGGAAUCAGUCGCUUCCAGCAGGUUGUACUUCACCAGGGUCGCAUCGAGCAGUUCUUCCUCGAUUCAAUCAAGGCACACAGUGAUAUCCGCGUUGAGCGUGGUAUAUUGCCCACAUCUUUUGACUUCGACGAGGCCAAAGCAGCCGACUUCGAAGACUACCCUAUCAGUGUUAUGCUUCGCACCCUAUCUGAGGAGGAAGCCACACCCCAACAACGACAUGAGCACCAGAAGACCUCUGAUGGUCAACAGACAGAGAUCGAGGAUGGAUUAUUCAGGAGCAACUUGGCUGCCGAUGACACCGAUGAGCUUAUUCGGCGGGCAGAGGCCACUAAUCACGCCAAUGAAAUGGAGAUCGUCAAGGCUAAAUUCAUGGUGGGCUGUGAUGGCGCCCAUUCUUGGGUGCGUCGUCAGAUUGGCUCCAGCUUAGAAGGUGACUCCACGGAUUACAUCUGGGGUGUGCUCGAUAUUAUUCCCAUCACAGACUUCCCCGAUAUCCGCCACCGAUGCGCUAUCCACUCCGCUAAUGCGGGUAGUGUGAUGGUCAUUCCUCGCGAGAACAAACUUGUCCGACUAUAUAUCCAGCUCCAGUCAACAAGUUAUCAGAAGAGUGGUGCCAAGGCUGACCGAUCUUGGAUCACCCCGGAGAUCAUCCUGCAAUCUGCCCAGCGCAUCUUGCACCCAUAUAAACUUGAUUAUGCCUACUGUGACUGGUGGACCGCCUACCAGAUUGGCCAGCGAGUGGGCGAUAACUUCUCGCUGCGCGAUCGUGUCUUCCUGGCAGGCGAUGCUGUCCACACACACUCUCCCAAGGCCGGACAGGGUAUGAACGUCAGUAUGCAAGAUACAUAUAACCUAGGAUGGAAGAUCGCACAUGUGGUCAACGGCGUCAGCGAUCCCUCAAUUCUCCAGACAUACGAGUCGGAGAGAAAGUUGAUCGCACAGCAACUGAUUGCUUUCGAUCAAAAAUUCUCUCGGCUCUUCUCUGGACGUCCAGCCAAGGAUAUCAUGGAUGAAGAGGGAGUCAGCAUGGGUGAGUUCAAGAAGGCAUUCGAAAAAGGAAAUGAGUUUGCAAGUGGCACCGCUGUCAACUACGAUGCUAGUGUCAUUGUUGCAAAGGCAAAUGAUAUCACAGAGAAGAGCAACACAUCGAAGCAAGCCAUCAGCAACCCACAGCUGGCCACAAAGCUUGACAUCGGCAAGCGCAUUCCUAGUUUCAAGGUCUUGAACCACGCUGAUGCACGUCCAUGGCACCUGCAAGAACUAUUGAAGAGCAACGGGCGCUGGCGCGUGAUUGUUUUCCCUGGAAAACUCACCGAAACUAUUAAUAUGCAGCGCUACGAGAAGUUGGGUGCAGAUUUGGGAGCACCCGACUCUUUCAUUCGCCGAUUCACACCACCAGGCAAGCCCAUCGAUAGCGUGAUUGAGGUCCUGACUGUUCACUCCGGUCCACGAAGGGACAUUGAGCUUCUUGAUCUUCCGGAUGCGUUCCACCCCCUCCACGGUGACCAGGGAUGGGAUUAUUGGAAGGUCCACGUCGACGAGGAGUCUUACCAUGAGGGACAUGGCCAGGCUUAUGCCAACUAUGGCAUUGAUACGGGUCGCGGUUGCAGUGUCAUCAUUCGCCCUGAUCAGUACAUCAGUUGGAUUGGUGAGGUGGAUGAUUACGAGCAGAUGUCACGAUUCUUUGCUGGCUUUAUGAAACAGCAGGUGGCUGGAAAGUCAGGAUCUGUGGAUUCUGGGGUCGCAAUUACUACCACGCAACUAUAA